AUGACUAAACUACCCAUCUUGCUAACCACAACAAAUUCUAACGGCACAAAAUUAUCGCCGCCGCCACGGCGUCGGAUACUAGCUGAAAGAUCCUUUGGUGCCCCAAGGGAGGUUCAUUCGGGGUCAAACUAUACGUCACCGCCGACGGAUGUUCUGGAGAUUCAGGGGACUACCGAAGUGGACCCUUCCGAUACCCCAUUAGAAUUCACCGCCGGCGACCCUCCACCACUCGGACGUCCUACACCUGACACUGGCCCUGAUUUUCCGAAGCCACCAUUGGGACCUCCUCCAACUGAUCCUGAAGUAGUUCCUGUCCCACCAUCAUCACCACCGAGUCGGGAGGCGCCACCUGAAAUGGAUCCUCCUUCAAAGCCUCCGGAUUAUGUGCCGCCACCAUCUGUACCGCCAGAACUUCCCACGCCAGGAAUCCCUCCGUCACCGUCUGAACCGCCGGUACUUCCAACGCCGGGAAUCCCACCGCCACCAUCGGUACCGCCAGAAAUUCCAACACCCGGAUUCCCUCCUGAUAUUCCACCGCCUCCUAAAGGUCCAUCAUUUGUUUUCUAG